AUGCUAUCACAGCUCAAGCUUCCUGAGCUCAGAGCUCGCUGCAAGCAACUCGGCCUCACUGGCUACUCCAAGUACAAUAAAGCGCAACUCAUCGCCCGUCUCGAAGAGGUCGGUAACCCUGCUGCUGCUGCACCGACGAUCCCGGCUCCCACGCCCCGGAGUCUUCCGGCGCCUGUCCCACUGUCGACACCCAAAUCAAACCUCACUCCUCCCAUCGCAAGACCGGUUGCCCCAAAGCUAGCGCCACCUUCACUUGCCGCCAUCGCUCAACCUCCAUCCCGCGUUGCGUCUCCCCCUCGCCCGAAUCCUACCACCCAGAAGCAAGCCCAAAACAAUACACCCUGUCCUGCGCCUAUUCCUCUCAUUUCAGGGCAGACCCAGAGCAAAUCGAAAUUUCCCCUUUCGAGCCAGAAAGCGCCGCUCGCAGGGAGGUCCAACCCGAAAAAGGCUGGCAGCAAGGGCACAUCGACUACACCUUACGCCAAGCCGGUCAGCAAAUUCAAAGCGCCCGUUCCCCGACAGCAAAUCCCUCCUCGAGCUCCACCUCCGAAAGCUGCGAACGUCCCUCACCGCCUCCCCAACAUAUCCAACACGACCUUCCUCGCUCAACAUUUCGCCUCGCGCAUCAUCCAGCACCUAAGCCCAAGCGCCCUCGACCGCGUUAUCCACAAACCCCUUGUUCACGGCUCGGAGAAGGCGUUCACGGUCGCACUCACCUUUUGGAUCCACCGACUCCAUACGGCGAUGCAGAUGGGCGGCGGCGAAGCCUGGAGCGUCGAGGGGUUCGGACAAGGCCUCCUCGGACCCAACAUUGCCAGCUGGCCCACGGUCAGCACCUGCAGUGUCUUUGCAGGCGAUAUCUGGAAGAUUGGUACGGACGACAACACGUCCUACCUUUGUAUCGGCUCCACCGGCGAGGUCAUCCACCGCUUACCGACACCCCUCCGAUCCGACUGGGCCGCCUACACCUCUUCUCCUACCCCUUUACUCGACUGCAUCAAAUCAAAAGACACACACGAAUACCCUAACGGGAUUUUUCGCGGCUUCUUGGGCGGCCGAGAAGAACGCAGCAUGGCGGAACGGGCAGUGCUGUCCAGCUGUGUCCUGCAAAGCUACUCGGGCGAAUCCGCGUCCCUUCUCGCCAUGGAGGCUGAAUGGCUGGGACAGCCCAUCCAGACCAAGGCAUCGAGCUCUCGCGUUGAGCUGUUCGUCCCCGAAUCGUUUCCGCACACCUCACUCCUCACGCCUCCGUGGGCAUCAUCCAACGCCACGCCGGUCAUGCCGAGUACAUCCUCCGAGAGACCGGUCAAAUCAUAG